AAGCGUUCAUGGAUAAUCGGGAUGAUCGAUUGAAUCGUCUCAUGACCACUGUUUGUUGUCCGUGUGUGUGUGUUCACAGGAUGUUCACAGGAUGUUAUGUCCACAGCACGAUCUGGCACCACAGAGACCACACCUGAUGUGCGGAUGUGGCUAUGCCCAAGUAGUCGUACUAGCAGAGUACCACUUAUGGACGCCUCCUUCUUAGCACGGUGCGUAUGCCGGUAUAACUACAAUCUACCAAAUCUGCAUAUAUGCCAACCAAGUAGUACCUCACCAACCAGGCCGUGCACCGUUAGCGGGAGACACUUGUCGACUGCGGUGCCACCUCACCCUGGGGUUGGCUACUUACAACCACCUACUCGCCACAAGUGGUCAGUGGCUCUGCGCGGUCUUCUCUUUCUGGUAUAUCUGUGCCCAGUGGGGUUCUUCCUCGAAAUGUCCAGGAACCAAUAUCUGACAGUGGUCUGGAUGCCCUUUAAAUCAUCCAAUACGUUACGCUUCCAGAGUUGUCACUUGUUUCAGAUAUCUCCUUGUCUCUUUAAAAUAAACUAAGCAUAGCUAUAAAACC